UGAGGCAAGCCUUUCGUUAACUUCGAACGGUAGUCAGACUUUCUGAAUUGUUUCCAUGAGCAGGUUUUUCCAUACCUUUUUCUGCUUAUUAAAUAUUGGAUUGGACUCAGCAACGCGUUAGUUCUUCUCCUACAACUAUUUCAUUGAACAAAUGAAACAGAGAAAAGAAUUGGUGAACAAAUGAUGUUUCGAGUGAUGAUGGAGAAGGUGAUGAGCUCACCUCAACGUUUGGCUUUGGGUUGUUUCUAUGCUCUUUGCAUCUUAGGUGCAGCUCAAGCUCAGAAUCAAUCUCAGCCCACUACUGAUCCUGCUGAAGUAAGAGCAUUGAACUCAAUAUUCCAACAAUGGGGAAUAUCAGCGAGUCGAGACCAAUGGAACACAAGCGGCGACCCAUGCAGCGGAGCUGCCCUCGACACUGACUCUACAGACAUUGAUAACGAUGAUUACAACCCUUUCAUCAAAUGUGACUGUUCUUUCAACAAUCGCUCUACUUGCCACAUCACCCGUCUGAAAGUUUAUGCGCUGAAUGUCGUGGGUGUGAUUCCAGAUGAGCUUUGGACUUUGACUUUUCUUACCAAUCUGAGGCUGAACCAAAAUUACUUGACAGGUCCCUUAUCUGCUUCAAUUGGCAAUCUAACUCGAAUGCAGUGGCUAACCGUUGGCACUAAUGCAUUAUCAGGGGAGCUUCCGAAGGAAAUCGGAUUGCUUGCUGAUUUAAGAUUAUUGGGCAUUGGAAUUAAUAACUUCUCGGGUCCUCUGCCAUCGGAGAUCGGCAACUGUUCAAUGCUAGAACAACUUUAUUUUGAUAGUUCCGGUGUAACUGGUGAGAUUCCUUCAACAUUCACUAAUCUGCAGAACCUGCAAACAGUGUGGGCAUCAGACACAGAACUUACAGGGAGGAUACCUGACUUUAUAGGGAAUUGGUCAAAGCUUCGUGACUUGAGAUUUCAAGGAAACUCUUUUGAAGGUCCAAUACCUUCAACAUUUUCCAAUCUUACUUCACUGACAGAGUUGAGGAUAAGCGGUUUAUCUAAUGGAAGUUCUCUAUCAUUUAUGAAGGAUAUGAAGUCCUUAACUAUCUUAGAUCUAAGGAACAAUAAUAUUUCUGAUACAAUUCCAUCCACUAUUGGAGAAUACCAGAGUUUGACGCAGCUGGAUUUAAGCUUCAACAAUAUAACCGGACAGAUCCCAGACUCGCUUUUCAAUUUGAGUUCACUCACUCAUUUGUUUCUUGGAAAUAAUAAGUUAAAUGGCUCCCUUCCUGCACAAAAGAGUUCAUCUCUUCGCAAUAUAGAUGUGUCGUACAACAAUUUAGCUGGGAGCUUCCCUUCUUGGGUCAACGAACCAAAUUUGUCAAUUAAUUUAGUUGCCAACAACUUCACAAUAGGACAGUCAAACAGCAGUGUUUUGCCAUCAGGAUUGAACUGCCUUCAACGGAAUUUUCCUUGCAAUCGAGGAACUGGAAUCUAUUAUAACUUUGCAAUUAAGUGUGGUGGUCCACAGAUUACAUCAUCCGAUGGGACUCUGUUUGAGAGGGAUAAUGAGACUCUUGGUCCAGCAUCAUAUUAUGUGACUGACGCAAAUAGGUGGGCAGUCAGUAAUGUUGGGUAUUUCACUGGGAGCAAUAAUCCACAGUACACAAUUUCUUCAUCAUCUCAGUUCACAAGCACCCUAGACCCAGAACUAUUCCAGACAGCACGGGUUUCUGCUUCAUCACUAAGGUACUAUGGAUUGGGGCUUGAGAAUGGAAACUACACUGUGAGGCUCCAGUUUGCAGAAAUAGAUAUUAUGGAUACAAAUAGAUGGGAAAGUCUUGGGAGGCGUGUUUUUGAUAUUUAUAUCCAGGGUAAUCUUGUUUUGGAAGAUUUUGACAUACGCAAGGAGGCUGGUGGAGUUUCUAAACGAGCAGUACCAAAAGAGUUUACGGCUCACGUAUCAGAAAAUUACCUUGAAAUUCAUCUGUUUUGGGCUGGAAAAGGGACUUGCUGUGUACCAGCUCAAGGUAAAUAUGGACCAUCCAUUUCAGCAAUCAGUGCUACCCCAGAUUUCAUACCUACUGUUAAUAAUAACGCUCCAACAAGCAAGAAGAGUAGAACGGGUCUGAUCGUGGGGAUUGUUGUUGGUGUUGGAGUUGUAAGCCUUCUGUCUGUUGCAGCUUUCUGCAUUUUUAGGAAAAGAAGGGCCCAUAGGAAAGAUGAUGAAGAGCUCCUAGGAAUAGAUGCUAGACCAUACACUUUCAGUUAUGCUGAACUAAAAGCUGCUACAGAGGAUUUCAAUCCUGAAAAUAAGCUUGGAGAGGGAGGAUUUGGGCCAGUCUAUAAGGGAAAACUUGAUGAUGGAAGAGUAAUUGCUGUGAAGCAAUUGUCCAUAGCAUCACGCCAAGGCAAGAGUGAGUUUGUUACAGAAAUUGCCACCAUAUCAGCUGUGCAACACCGUAACCUUGUCAAACUGGUUAGCCAAACUUUACGAUGAUAAGAAAACCCACAUAAGCACCCGUGUUGCAGGGACAAUUGGGUAUCUUGCACCGGAGUAUGCCAUGCGUGGACACCUUACAGAGAAGACUGAUGUGUUUGCCUUUGGUGUUGUGGCUCUAGAGAUUGUUAGCGGAAGACCUAACUCUGACUCUAGCUUGGAGGAAGAGCAGAUCUACC